AUGAACAACGAGGCGUUUCUGGAGAAGCUCGAUGCGACCGUGGAGGUGUUGUCCGUGCGUCUGGCGGAACUGGUGCGCAGCGCGGGCACUGAACGAGGUUCCUCCUCUGCUGAUGAUGCUGGUGGGAUCAACGAUGCGGAGGAUUCUGCCGAAGGUGGGGCCCCAAUGCUGUCCAAUGCGACGCAGGGAAGCAUGAUGGUGCACAGCCAGAGUGCACAGCUCGUGAAGGGCGUGCAGGACCUGCUGGUGCUCACCCGAGGACUCAGAGAGCGAUGGUUGCUGAAUCAGUUGCCCGAGCGAGUCCAGGGCGACAGCGACAAGAUAGACACGCAGUUGUUGGAGUCGUUACUAGACAAGUGUAUACAAUCUAUAGCUGGUGCUGGUGCUGGUGCCACUCCCGCUCCUGGUGCCGCUCCUGGUGCUAUCGCAGAUGCCUCCGGGCAAUAG